UAUAUAUAUAUAUAUAAGUGAUUCUUGAUCAUAUAUUCACUUGCUCAAAAUUAUUCUUCACCAUAACAACAAAGAGAAUUAAAAAAAAAAGAAAAAAAGUAAAGGGCAAUCUUCAUUCUUGAUCUUGAUGAUGAAUAAUUCUUCAUCAGUGACAAGUUUCCUUAACUUCCUCACAAAAGAAGUAGACAAUCUUGAUAACCUCUUCCUUUCUCACACCAACUUCUUGUCUUCAAAAUUCCUCCAACAAGUCCUCUCGUCUCUUCGGAACUUCCAUUCGGAGCUAACGAUUUUGGUCCAAAAACUAAACCUACCCAUCGGAGAAAAAUGGCUCGACGAAUACAUGGACGAAACCUCGAUGCUUUGGGAAUCUUGCCACGUGUUAAAAGCGGGAGUUUCUUCCAUGGAGAACUAUAUUUCGUCCGGUGCUAAUAUAGCCUCUUUGCUCGUAAACCGACAACUUUCUAGCCAGGUUAUUCGAUCGAUCGACCGUUGUCAAAGGGAAAUGACAGCACUGCAAGAGGAGAACAAGAGCAUAGUGGAGACAAAACUCAUCCAAACUUUAUCAUCACUUAGGUUUGGGGUCAAUAAGGAAAACGAAUCAAAGUUCAACAAAUAUAACGGUUUUCGAGGAGUCCUAUGUGCAAUGAGGAGUGUAAGCACAUUGCUUCUCGAGAUUUUAAUUAGCGGGCUCGUGUACUUUUUGCCCGAAAAAAUGAGCUUUAGCCAAGAGGGGCUAACUUGCACCGGCGGAUAUCAAAUUGGUGCUAACUUGCACCGGAGAAUGGUGGAGGGGAUGAUUAGGUUUAAUGGAUCGGGGCCCGGUAUUCUUCUUUUCGAGCUUCAAAAGGCGAGGUUUGCAGUUGAUGAGGUGAAAAUGGAGGUAGAGAUGGAGAAUUAUAGUGAUAUUGAUGAAAAAGUUGGGAAGUUGAAGAAUUGCUUUGAUGAUUUGAAGUGUGGGGUUGAGGGUAUAAUUGGGCAACUUGAUGAUUUCUUUGAUGAAAUAGUUGAUGGUAGAAAGAUGGUUUUUGACAUGUGCUCUAAUAGAUAGAGAGAGAGAGAGAGAGAGAAAGAGAAUUGAAGAGGAGAGAGAGAGAGAGAGAGAAGGAAAGAAAAAAAGAAAGAUAUGAUGAUGGAUUAGUUUGAAAAUCCCAAUUAUGAUGAUAUAUUUGAUGUUAGUUAUUCUGUUUGAUGUCCCUUUUCUUGAUCUCUUUUUCAAAAGCUUCAAGGAGAAGUAAUCUUAUAAAUAAUUACACGGUUUA